CGACAAACGAUAUCGUUUCGCGUACCGAGUGUGACGUUUGUGACGCGUGUAGUGCGUGUAGUGCGCUGGAGUUUUUUCAGCUUCAUUGUGCGUGUCUCAUUUUGGUCGCGCGCGUUUUCUCGAGUUCGAAGUCGACAAUUUGGUUUUGUAAUCGCGUUUGUGUUCCGUGUCGGACGAGUGAAAAGGAUAGAGUGAGAGAGAGCGUGAGAGAUAACCUAGACAAUCAUGGAGCCGCCAACGGGCGGUGGUGGAAACGGCGGUGGAGGCGGUUUCUUGUCCAACAGACGUAUCAAGUUCACGGCCGUUUUCCCGAUGAUCGUAGGCACCCGGCGCACCAUAUCCAAGUCGGAUUCAUCUUCGUUGGCCAAGACCGGCAAAACGGACAAAUCGGCCGGCGCGGCAUCCGCUGUCACGCGGUGCAGCACCCCGGCAGCAGAACGUCCUCCGCUUGCCGUGUCCAGGAACAGGAUGAGACGUGGUUCGAGUUUGACGGACUUGAACAGAUCCGACUCGUUAGCAGGUUCGACUGGCAGUUUUGGCGACUUGAUGAAUCUGAAACGGUUCUACGACGACUCGUCCGUCGGCUCGGCCGAAAACCUGGUGGCCCGCGCCGUACCGCUGUCCACCGUGUUCUGUCGUCAGCACCACGCCGCCGGGUCCGAAGAGUUGGUGUCGGCCGAGCACGCGGUCGCCGCACCAUAUCACCACCGGUCUAGAAUCGACAUGCAACUGCAGCACAACCAAACGCAGCAACAGCAGGAGCAGCAGACACGUCGGUAUGCGUGCGAGCUGCACGGCGGCGUCGUCGGAGCGAUGCGCUCGACCAAGCCGCAGCACCAGUACCGCAACGACAUGACCAGCCAGCAGCGUAUCGAACGCAUGUCCAGAAUAAUGAAGCAACAGAAUCAGCGGCCCGAACAGAUGACCCGGUUCCGGCACACCAUGACUCUACUGAAAAACGCAAAGCAGCAGCAGCAGUACUCGUUCCCAUCAACAAUAGCAGGUUUUCUCGUGCAAAGUGUACCGAUGACGGAUGAAAGAGGAGGAUGGAGUGCUGCGGUGGCGGAUAAUAUAAACUCGUCGGACUGUAUCAAAUAUCGGCGCGAAAGGAAAACGGUGGCGGACUGACGGCGCACUGACGGGAACCGACGGCGGCGCCUCCACGCAAUGGGCU